GAGACACACAGCCAAAAGUGAGGUGUCUGCAUCAUCAUUGCUCGCACGUUUGCAGUGAUUCAUUCCAUGCGCGACGACAUCGACCCAGACAAAGUUUGGCAGUGACGUACCACGGAAAGGUCGGCUUACACGUUUAUUGCUGCACACCUCUUAUACCGGUUCUCUGCCCACCCGUUCUCCCUCGCCCAUCCCGUCUGCCACGCCAAACAAUAAAGCCGCUGUCGCCGUCGCACCUGCCUCCUGACCCGUCAUCCUCGUCCUCUCGCACCUCCAACACCGCAUCAACACUCACGACAACACCUCCCACGACACCGUCGACAUGGGCAUGGCACAGCUUCUCGGCCUCGGCCUUCGUGGCUUCCAGUUCUUCAUGAGCUUGCUCAUCAUGGCCAUCAUCGGUAACGCGAUCGCAAUGGGCGCCGACCCGGCCAUCAACAACUACACCAUGUUUUGCGCCGCCUUCGCCAUGCUUUGCCUGUUCUUCCUGAUACCGGCGACCUUCAACGAGCGAUUCGCAGUCCACGGCAUGUUGCCAUUCGUCCUCGACCUCCUCCUUACCAUCUUCUGGUUCUGCGCCGCCGUCGCGCUUGCCGCCCGCCUUGGUGUGCACAGCUGCAACAACGAUGGCUACGUCCGCACCAACAGCGUCUCUCGAGGCGCCAGCAACCCAGCCGCAGCCUGCCGUGAAGCGCAAGCUUCUUGCGCCUUCUUGUGGUUUGGCUUCGCUGCGUUUGUCGCCACCACUUUCCUCAGCAGCAGUGGCAUCAGCGGAGGCAGUGCACCAAAGGGUAUCCGCCGUGGCCCAGCAAUGUCCCAGGUCUAAAUUGACCUCGCCCUUCGCAUCACCUUCACAACGAUGACGAAUGUUUAUGUGACGAGGCUGGCUAACGUCCUCCGCUCAAGCAGGGAGAGGACCAACGCCGCUUUGAAUACGCGAAAAAAAGACAUGCCUUGGAUGGCACCGGCAGCAACGGCACGACGAAUCUGUGUAUCACGUUUAUUGUAAAAUGGAACGACUCUCGUAUUUUAUACUUCAGCUGCAGCUUGAGCGAGACGGCACUGGUGGCAUGCAAUCGGCACUGGGCGUUGAAGUUUUUUGAUGAUACCACCUCAGCUAAUGUUUUUCACCAACAAUCGUACAAAGCGAAAGCAAUUCAAACAUACUGCUAUCUCACAAGUUCUCAUCCCCUUUGCCUGUAAGCUGGCCGGCGUCCCUCGGGAAUCGCUUUCAUCCUGUCGCCGAUCACCAUCUUACGGCAUUCUUUACGUGGUUGCGCGACAUUGCUGACGGACAAGUUGGCCUGGCUCAAUCCAACGUUGUCGAUCAGAGUCCUCUGCACUACGACUUUCACCCUGCGCAUGCCGCUCCUGUACAGACUUCCAAAUGGGUCUCGUGGUCUCACAAGAGCUACAUCAUCACACGUCCGCGACGCCACAGGAUCGACGAGUGGGUC